CCCCCCCCAUGUCUUGAACAGAUUGUGAAAAUGGCCCCUGGCAACGGCGAGCUCCAGCUGUGAAGGCGACGGGAAGGAGGGACCCGGUGAGAACCCGGACUGGAUCCCGACCAGAAUCUCCACAGGAUCCGGACCAGAACCCGGAGUCGAUCCGGAGCGGAACCCGGACUGGACUCCGAGCGGACACAGAGUGCCGAGCGGCCUGCUGACGGCGGCGGCGACGACGACAUGUCCGACUCCGAGGACGAAAUUCAGGACCGUCAGCUGAAGAUCGUCAUCCUGGGGGACGGCGCUUCGGGGAAGACCUCUUUGGCCAUGCGUUUUGCACAGGAAGCUUUUGGAAAACAAUACAAACAAACAAUUGGGCUGGAUUUUUUCCUGAAAAGAAUAUCUCUCCCAGGUAAUUUAAACGUUACAUUGCAAGUCUGGGAUAUUGGAGGACAAACCAUAGGAGGAAAGAUGUUGGACAAAUACAUUUAUGGAGCUCAGGGUAUCUUAUUGGUAUAUGAUAUCACAAAUUACCAGAGUUUUGAAAAUCUUGAAGAUUGGUAUGCUGUGGUGAAGAAAGUAAAUGAUGAAUCUGAACAACAACCUAUGGUUGCACUGGUUGGAAAUAAAAUUGACCUGGAGCACAUUCGAACUGUGAAAACAGACAAGCAUCAACGAUUUUGCCAGGAGAAUAACAUCAGUGGUCAUUUUGUCUCUGCCAAAACUGGAGAUUCUGUCUUCCUCUGUUUUCAAAGGUUUGCUGCAGACAUUAUUGGCAUCAAGCUAAAUAAAGCAGAGAUUGAACAAUCACAGCGCGUAGUGAAGGCAGAUAUUGUGAAUUACAGCCAGGAGCCUGUGGUGAGAACUGUGAACCCUCCCAGAAGUUCAAUGUGUGCAGUUCAGUGAUCCCGUCACAUACCCAUAUUAGUACAUUUGGCAAUCCUGCUUCGUUCACACAGGCCCAUUCUUUCUCAGGAACUUCAUUUUGACAGCAACCAUCUCUGCAACACAGUUACUGUAUGCUAAGAAACACAAGGCAGCCACUGUCGACUGCAGAGAUCCACAAGGUUGGACCACGCAUUUGAGUAUGAUUUUCUAAAUCGAGUCACAAAAAGAUAUUUGUCACUUUGUUUAAAAUGACGAUGUAACUGCAUCAAAUGUGUAUUUUGCAACUUAAAAAAAUCAGAUUUGUACAACAGUGCAUUUAAAUGUGUUUCAUCAUUUACAGAAAUCUGUAUUUUAAAUGAAAUUUCAUUUAAAAGAACAGGGUAGAGUUUGUAGCCCUGGGGAAAAAAGAUUUUUUUAUUGAAACUGUUGAUUUUUUUUUAACAAAUGUGGACAGGGUAGCAUAUUGUUAUGAAGAUCAGAGUCUUACAAGAAAGUACUUAAAAAAAAUAUAAGAAAGUGGGAAACCAGUAAAAAUUAAUUUGGCCCACUGAAAUGCAGUCCUUUUGUACCUUUAGUCUGUGCAGCAUCCAGCCUGAAUGCUUUUGUUUCUGUUACUCUGCUUGACAUGUUAUUCAAUGCAUUUAUGACUCUUUGAGUAAGACAGAUAUUUGAUUAUGUUUACAACAAACAAAAUCUCGCAGCUUGGACUAUGAUAUUUGUACCAUUUUAUAUUUUAUAUACCUUGGUGAGGUUCUCCUUAACCAUUUUGUUUUCAGACUUUCGGCUUAUUGGUUCUUUCCCUUUGGCUCUUCCUCUCUUAUUCUUGAAAAUCGGUCAUCUUCGUCUUCUGUGUCCUCCUGAAAUUUCUAAAUCCUCUCCUUAUUGAAUGUUAAAAGUCUUCAUAUCUAUGUGUUUGUAUUUCACUGAAUGAGGAACCUGUUGUCUAAUUAUACAUGCUACAGUUACUUGUCAUGCAUAUUCGGCAAGAAUACAUUUUAUUUUUGCCAGUAAUAAAUCAUAUUUAUUUUUUCUUUAGUUGUAAAACUUGCAAAUCUUUAUCUGAAAUCUCUAUAUUUUAGUUUACAUUGCUGUCAAAUUUGACCAGCUUUUACUUUGUUCAGAGAUGUGUGUUAGAAAUGGGAUUCCAGUACAGAUUCCUGUACAACUCUGCCCAUUACCUUUGUUCCCAGGCUGAUAAUCUACUCCACUAGGUCAAGUGGGAGAAUUUAGAACCCUUACCUGACUGACUUCAUGCUGGAGGUCCCUUUCUAAACUCUCCAACCAUUUUAAGGCAGGGCAGUCUAUAAUCAUUCUUUCUACGGUGCUAUGAGGCCUUACAGAGGGGAGCAUGAAAAUAUAUUUGAUCUUUUGAAUUGAUUACCAUAGCCUGUUAAGGUUUAGCUCCUCAGAAAAUUGAUUAAAAUCUUUCCUCAUGCUCACUCUUCAUUGACAUUGAUUUUUUUCUGAGGGCUUUUUCAAAAUCUUAAAAAGUGGAAUUUCCCUGCAUGGUCUGAGAAUCCCACAUUUCUCUGUAUCCUCUCACCAGCAUGCCUACUCAAUUUCACCAUAUCUCAUCAUAUGUACAUAUACCACCCAUGCCAUGCACAUAUACUACUAGCAUAUUACACAAACAAAAUACUACAAAUAGAUGGCUGGGCAAAUGAGGUGUAAUCGUCACAUGAACAGAUUCUGUACCAAUUCCAGCAAAACUGGAUGCUGGCUUUCACCCUCUGGAUUUUGGGAUUUCAGUCUUUUGUGAGCAAUCUGUUUCUUUAAUAAUAUUUCAUCGGGGAUAUUGAACAUUUUCUGAAAAUCCAAUAAAUAAGCAAUUCAUUGUUUACAUGCAAUGAACGCUGUAUUUUCUAUUUAUAUGUAGCAUUCACAAAGAAAUCAAGGAGGUUCAUCUAAUGGAAUCUUCCUAACUUCAUUUAUAGAUGCACAGAUAGCUCUAGAAAAGCCUUUUGUAUAGUUUUCAUAAUUUCAUUUUAUUAUUAAUAAUAGACCAUUGGCUUGUAGCUGCCUUAAUCAGUACUGUAUAGAUUUUGUUCCUUUCCAAUAUAUUUUUUUACAUAAAUCAUACUCAAUGCACUCGCUACAGGACUUAUGUCUGUGUAUAUGGAUAAUGACAUAAUCAUUUAAGACACCCCUGCGUCUUGACGCUUUCCAUCUAUCUCUGUACCAAUUAUCAACUUGAGUACAGUGCAGUAACACUAAUAAAUUUAACCAAACCUUUGUUCAUAUUUCUCAAAAUUAAAUGCAUAUUUAGAUACCUAAUAUUUGAAUGAGUGCAGCAAAGAAAGUAGUCUUGACAUUCGCAUUUGGUCCUAAUUUGUAUCCUCGCAUUUUGUGGAAGCAGUCAAAUCCCUGUGCAUUGUUGGUAGUAGUUUGAACAAUUUCCAUUUGAAAUUCAGCAAAACACCAGCAUCACAAACAGCUGUGCAAUGUCAGUAAAUUUUAUAAACACCAUGUAUAUUUUAGUUUUGUGACAGUAAUGAAAAAUAUUUCCAUAAACUUUAAAACAGUCCUCGCUAGUACUGCAGCCAAGGUAGUAAUCAAGUUUAAAGUACAAUAAUCAAUAAAAUAGAUUAAAUACAAUCCAAUACAAUCUUUGCAGUUCCCAUUACAAAUGGUUCAGUUUGAUAUAUUCAGCAGUUGUUAACUGGAUGCAUUAUGUUUGCAUUAUGAAUAAAGGCUUAUUUGUUUCAAAAUAUUUUUGAUAAUUUUAAUAUGAUUUUUGUCAUACUGUGUAAGGAUAUUUAGUUAUGUUGCAGAUUUUUUUUAACUGUUUUUUCUUGCAGAUAACCUUGCUCAGUGCACCAUUAAGGGGAUAUAGAAUAUGAACUGCUUAAAUUAUUGCUGGGCUCAAUACUGUACCUAGAAUAUAAUUGCUCUUGAAUGUUGUAAAUUAUAUUUAGGGUUUAUUUGUAUGUGAAUAUAUUGAAAAAUGUUUUACUGCUGUUAAAAUAUAUAUCUGCUGAUAAAUAUAGAAUCAUUAGUAUUUGCAAAAGUUAGCCUUGCCUGAUUUAUUGAACGUACAUU